AUGCACCUCGUGGCGCGGGCGCGGCAGGCGGCGGCGGUCGCCGCCUCCGCCGCCUCCGCGGCGGCCUCGGCGGCCGCGCGCAGCGCGCCAGCGGAGUCGCCGCUGGAGCAAGCACUGCGCCGCGUGACACAUACAGACUGCGCGGCUAUCCCUGCGGAGGACCUGCGCGUGGCAGUGUCCAUGGUCAGCAGCGAGGAGGCUUUGGCGCAUACACUGCGCCACAUCCAGGACAACGUUUCGGCGCCUGCUGCAGAAUGGAGGCGCAUCAACGGCGCGCUGGCGCUCUUCGAGGCCUUGGCCUACAAGGAGGGCAGCGACCUCGGCAGGUCAUGGUUUGAGGUGAAGAUGGAGAACCGCCUCAAAGAGCUUCAGAACUUCAGUCACGAGGAGGACCCCCGGGUGGCGUUGCUCAUCCGCCGCGCCGCCAACUCGGCGGCACAAGCGGCGGCAACGCUGCGCUGGGAGGAUGACGUGCUGCUGGAAGAGGCUGUUGUAGAUAUCGAGACCGGCGGCGAAGCUGGCGCGAGGGUCAAUGGCGAGCCGGCCAGAGGCUCUUCGCUGAACCCAGCCAUCAUCGGCAGGCGCACCGAGUCGAUGGCAUUGUCACCGCCCAAAGAGGCGGUGAGCGCGACAGUGGUGCAACAAGAUGUGCCAACGCAGCGCUUUUGCUGCUGUCGCAGACGGAGCUGCCAAAGGAGCCGGAAGAAGGGGAUAACCUUCUGCAAGCCUGAGCAGCGGGCAAAUGUGGAGCUGCACCACGACGUGUUCUAUGAGCUAUGCUACACCCUGGCAGCAGGCAAAGAGUCCUUCGCACGAUGCACAACUUAUGAGCCCUCGUGCAGCCUUUGCAAGACGGAGCCGCCCUGCGAGAGCUUUUGCGAGGCGGAGCUCCUUAAGCCUCAGCCCUUGGGUUCAAUUUGCCACUUCGAUGACGAGUGUGGCGGGGAUCCGCUGGCUGCCUGUCACUAUGGCAUUUGCCGGCGCUUGCUGUGGGCAGGCCAGAAGUGCGGCGGGGAGCACGAUGUAUGCAUCUACGGAGGUGAGCAAUGCGAUGGCGUCCGCUGUGUGGGCUUUGGGACCUUUGGGGCCUGUUGGGAUGGGUACAGCAGUGGCAGGGACUUGGACUGCCAGAAGGGCUGGUACUGCCUUCACGCUCUUUGCGUGCCGCAGCUGCCGCGCUUCCACAGCUGCCGUGGGGAGCACCCCAGUGAGUGCCUGCAGGGCCACUUGUGCAACCUGGCUGCGUCCCGUCCCCAGUGCACUGCCGAGUUCUCCCUGGCCGUUGGUGCUGCCAGCAGCGAUCGGCGCCUUUGCCAGUCAUCCAACUUGGACUCCAGCACUUGGGAAUGCGCUGCUGUGCCCCUCUACGACAGCAGUGGCGGCGAAUGCAGAUCAGCAGCGGACUGCGUUCGUGGAGAUCGCACGGAAGGGGAAUGCCUUUGCAAACGCUGGUGGGAUGGCUCUGGCAUGCCGGGGUAUUGCGAGCUGUUGGUACCAGAGCUGCUGCGCCCCGCGUUUCUGGAGUUCCGGAACUACGCGCUGCAAGGCUGCCAUCAUGACUGGCCAGAGGAGCGCUGUGCCGCAGAGCUGCUGAAGAUGGAGCUUCUGGAGAUGGUGAAGCGGGAGCGGCAGGCCACUGCGGAUCCGACGCGGGAGGUCGACCUUGGCCCCAUAAGCGCGAUGCGCCGGCGCGGCAUCGCCGCGGAACUGGAGGGCCAGUACUCCAGUAGCGAUGGCGAGGGACAUGCCGCAAGGGCCCAGCUGGAGGAGCAGAAGGUGCGGCGAAGGCGACGGCGGCAGCCUCAGAGCCGCACCAACGUGCUGUUGGAGCAGGAGGAGGAGGAAAACCCCCAGGAGCCGUCUCCCCGCUUCCGCGCCCGGGGUGGUGGCGGAGGUGGUGGCAAAGCGCGGCGGCAGAGGAACGCGGCGGAUUCCGACAACGAGCAGGAGGUCGACGAAGACAAUGAGGAGUGGCAGCAGGAUCUCGAGGCCCGGGGGAACGGCGACCUCAUGAGAGCCUUUGCCCUAAAGCCCUGUGACGUCAAGGAGAUCCGUCAGCUGCAAGACGAGGCCUUCCUGGGGGGCAAGAAGUGCCCUGGGGCUUUGCCGCUCUUCAACUUGGAGCGCAAAGUGAGCCUCCAGUUCUUGCUGGCCACCUACAAGGCCAGUGAGAAGGGCCGGGAGCGCAAGGAGGACGCCUUGGCGCUGCACCGGCCCUUCCUCCGGUGGCUGCUGAAGAAGGCGCGGCAGCUGCAGCUGCUGAGCUCCAAGGAGGUGCGAGGAGGCAAGAUCGCGGCGGCGCGCCUGGACCACGCCCAGCGCUCAGGCAGCUGGGCGCUGGACUCCAACCUUGCAGAGGCAUCAGAUGAGGAGGGCCGCAAGAAGGCUUCGGAGCGCAAGGACCCGGUGCAGCAGCAGCUCGACGUGCGCUUCCCCGAGCAAAAGCGCUCUUCCGAAGGCGCGGAGGAGGUGGCGGAGCUAUUGAGGCAGCGGCUCCGCUGCAGGGUGGAGUCCAAGAAGGACCAGAUAGAAGCCAAUUCCAGCCACGGCCUGGAUCUGCAGAAGAUGAGCGACAGAUUGACGGCACCAUCCUUAUCAUUUGAUUGGCACGCGCCAGACUCGGAUGAGGAGGAUAGCUCCAAGGGCAUCCUGCAGGUGGAGCUGCCCCCGAGCGCCCAGAGCUCGGAGGGCCGCCGUGCGCUGCUGCGGGAGGAGAUCCGGAGAUCCGUCUCCUUCAAGCAGGCGAAGGAGUUGUCCAAGGGCCGCAGCACCUCGUCGUUCUCCGCCGCAGAGCUCUCUGCCCCAGACGUGGUGGAUGUGCGCGCGGCGGCCACGCCGACCAAAGCCAAGAAGCGACGAAAGCAUCUUUCAGAAGCGACCACGGAGCCCGAGCCGAAUCCGAGUGCAGCACCGGAGGAGGACUCGCAGCCGCGAGAUGCAGACAAGACGGAGGUGUCAGCGCCACCCGCUGAAGCUGCAACGCCAGGCACCUCUGCCAUCACCUCUGUCACUUCUGUCACCUCCAUCACCUCUGUCGCCUCCGUCACUUCCGCCGCCUCAACAGCGGCCUCUGUGGCUUCUGUAGCCGCAUCCACAAAGGUGGAUGUCACAAUUUCAGAUGCACCAGGCCUAGCGGCGGCUUCCCAAAGUGCAGGAGACUUCCCUGAGAUCAGCCCCACCCUGCCCUUCGAGAUAGAUGCGGAAGAGUGCCUGGGAUGCAGUGGAUGCUGUGGGAUGAUAUGUAGUCUAAUACUGCAAGUGGCUCAAGAAGGCUCCAAGCAAUGCAGGCAGGGCUUCCCAGACAUCAGCCCCACCUUGCCCUUCGACAUCGACGCCAGCGCGCUGCGGGAAAUGUCGUCACAGGAGGCACCACAACCGGCGGAGCAAGCCGAGCAGCACCAGGUUCAGGCCACCCCAAGCAGUGCCAAGGAGGCCGAGGUUGCCGAGACCGAGGAAGAGCUGGAGGAGGAUGCGGAGGACCCGCGGCAGAAGCGUGAGCGUGCUUGGCUGCGGCACAAGCGACAGGCCAUGGAGGCCGACGCGAACCCGCAGGCGGCGGCCACCCAGGAGGACGACCUCUUUGCACCCCGUCCGAAGAAGCGGAUCCGGUCCAUACUUAUGGCCGGCAUCGCUUGA